CUACAAAAACAAUAACGGUAAAAACUACUAAACUAGUAACUUCGUAAGCCGGCUCCGAUACCACUGUUGGGAAACGAGGCUUGGAUAACGCAGCGGAAAACAAAAAUUUAUAGUCCAAAACUCGAUUCCACCCAAGAACAACUUACGUAAAUUACUAGCUAUAGAAAGAAAUUUACCUUAACGGUGAAAACGGAGAACGGAGGAACGGUCGGGGAUGGUUUUGAGAAGAUGAACGUAGCGCCAAACAAAUAGGUGAAGGGCAAUCAACCACAUGGCCACCUCUUUUUGAUGGAACCAAUUAUACAUAUUGGAAAGAACGAAUGAGAAUCUAUAUUCGUUCCACAAACUUCCAAUUAUGGUUGGUUAUCAAAAACGGGGAAGAGGUGCCGAUGAAGAAAGUUGGCGACAAGUUGAUCCCCAAGACCGAAGACGAGUUUGAUGCUGAGGACAUCAAAAAGGUCGAGAAUUAUGCAAAGGCAAUAAACAUGCUUUAUUGUGCCGUAAAUCCUGAUGACUACCGCAAGAUCUCCUGCUGCUCAACUGCCAAGGAGAUGUGGGAUAAGCUCGAGGUGACGUACGAAGGAAUGGACCAAGUAUGUGAAGCCAAGAUCGACUUCCUCAUCCAAGAGUAUGUGAUGUUCAGGAUGAAGGAGCACGAGAAGAUUGACGACAUGUUCGACCGUUUUUCCAAAAUAGUCAACGAUCUUCAUGCAUUAAAGAAGACUUACACCGACAGGGAUCUUGUGCGAAAGAUCAUACGGAGCUUGAUGAGGAUGGCCUUGUGGGCUAUGGAUGUGGUGAAGCCGAGCACAUCAAGAACAAAUGCCCGAAAAGCGGAUGUAACACCCGCCUUCCGUGGACCCAGUUCACCCGCAACCCAACGGAGCGGUAGGGUUACAUGGGCGGUCCGAGAACCGUCCAAAGAGAAAAACGGCUUUGAGGGCUUCUUCCAAAGAUGCCAUUUGCGCUGCUUUCCUUCUUGUCAGCGCCAGAUCUGGCCUGGUCUCGUGGCUCUGAUACCAGUGUUACGGAGCGUGGAGACUACUCGGAAUGAGAAGGAGAGUCUCGAGGCUUGUAACCGUAAAGAGAGAGAAAAGAGAUACAGAGGAGAUAUUUUGGGAAAAUAUUCUUAGUUCAUUACAAUCCAAAUACCAAAUAUAUAUAGGAGCCCACAUCAGUGCUUACACGUAAGGAAGGGAUAUAAAAGGGAAAUUAUGAAAGGACAAAACAGUAAUAAGUAGCUAGUAAUUGG